AUGGGCGUUUCAAGUGCUUCUGAGGCCACCGUUGCCAAGCUACUGAGCCGAACGCUUGCUCCGUCCGAGGACGUGAGCCGACGAGUGCACAAAAAGAAGUCUGCGACCCAGCGAAAGCUACGGCAGAAAGAGCAAAAACAGAAGGAGGAGCUCAAGCUGCUUCUGGACAAGGAGCUCGCUGACAAGAAGCGCAAGGCUGAGAUCAAGAAGAACGCGCGGCUGGUGCGAUCCUAUGACGUCAAGGAGUCCGAGUACGCGAUGGACGAGGAGCAGCUUCAAGCCCAGAUCAUGAAGCACGUCAACUCCAAGCGGGGCUCCCAUAUGCUCAAGUCCAAGCAGCUUGCUGAGCUCACGGGUCGUCUGCCCAAGCCUAAGGUGAAGCACAAGACGUAUCCCAACUAUGUCGAGCCUGAGGAGGAGGAAACUGAGUCUGAGGGAGAGGAUGAGUUUGAGCGGUACAAGGGUCAGCCUGGCUUGACUCCUGGUCUGGCUCCUGUGGAUUACGAGUCGAGUGACGAGGAGGAGGUGGAUGAGUGA